ACACACACACACACACACAUCAGUACUAGUAAUUUAAAAUGUACAUAAUUUCUAUUUGUUAAAUGCCCAGAUAGUGAGAGAUAAUUUUUCAUUAAUUUUUAAGUGAACAAAUUUACAUACACAAUAUUACUAUAAUUGAAAUAAACUAUCAACUCAUACUUAAAAUCUAAAAAGUUUGCUAAUUAAUUAUUGUUUUUCCCUACUUCUGCUGUUGUUUACUCUGAUUUAAAUACUUUUAAGAAGAAAAUUUUGGCAUCCAAAGAUUAUUUUCUUUAAAUUCUCCCUUAAGAGGUGAUAAACAACCUCCUACGCAUUCUGUAAUCCUCUUACUGGAAAAUAAAGUUAUGGGAAGAAAAAACGUAAAGAGCUACUUAAAGGAGAAACCUGUCUGAAAGUCACCAGAUCGUGUCUUUAGGACGGGUGAGAUAAACAACAAGAUAUAAAGAUUUAUCUGAUUUAUGUCCAGAUAAUUAAUCUAAAAUGGGAAAUAUUCUUACUUUCACUCAAACUGAAAAUCAGAUGGAUACAUUUGGAUUUCAGAUACUUGAUGAGAACUCAAACACAUGAUCUGGAAAAUCUAAAUCUGAUGGACGCAUAACGAGGAUCAUUAAAAACACAAAUAUCCCCUCUGAUCCUGCGAGUAAAUCUGUUUAUUGUUCAACGUGUUCACCAAGAAAGGAGUGCUGGUCCCCCAGCUUCCUCCAGGAUUACACCCCCCUCCUCCCCCCCUGCUUAGAACCGGUAUAAAUUCUCCAGACGCGCUGCGCUCCGCUCAGAUUUUACGCACGCUGCCUGGUGUCCUGUUGCGCGCGGACAGAGCUGGGAAAGCGAUUCGUCUUCUAGGUGAGAGGAAAGAGGACAGUGUCUUUAUUUAAAUAUUACACCCGGAAGCAGGAGGACAUAACGGGAGGAUGCUGGUGAGCGCAGCGCCGUUCAUGAAGCCGCUCCACAUGCGCUCUCCGGGGCCCAGCGGCCGCCGCCACACGCUCCCGGCCAGCGAGUUCCGCUCCCUGAGCCCGGAGGACGCCAUCAGCGUGUUCGAGAUCGAGAGGGAAGCCUUCAUCUCAGUGUCCGGCGAGUGCCCCCUCCACCUGGACGAGGUGCGUCACUUCCUCACGCUGUGUCCCGAGCUGUCACUUGGCUGGUUCGAGGAGGGCCGACUGGUGGCCUUCAUCAUCGGCUCCCUGUGGGACCAGGAGAGGCUUAACUUGGAUGCGAUGACCCUCCAUAAAACCCGCGGAACCACGGUCCACAUCCACGUCCUGGCCGUCCACCGGACCUUCCGCCAGCAGGGAAAAGGCUCCAUCCUGAUGUGGCGCUAUCUGCAGUACCUCCGCUGCCUGCCCUACGUGCGCCGCGCCGUCCUAAUGUGCGAGGACUUCCUGGUUCCCUUCUACCAGAAGUUGGAGUUCAAGGUGCUGGGCCCCACCGACAUCACCGUGGGGCCCCUCCGCUUCAUCGAGAUGUCCUACCCAGUCAGGGGCCACGCCUUCAUGCGUCGCAACAGUGGCUGUUGAGGCCAGAGACCUGGAGUCCUUUAGUUCACAGAACUGUGCGGAGGCAGGAAAAAGGGAGGCCGCGUGGCGUUCGUGUUCACCACUGAGGCUGAAACAGAGAAACUGAAAAUGUGGAGUCUCAGACUGAAAACACGACAUGAUUUGUGUUUCAGAAGUGCAUCGUUAACUCUGUUUAACAUUUCAAAAGUUUCACAUUUUGUAAAUAACUCUCCAGUAUCUGUACAAAGUGUUUGCCAAAGUAAACCAAUGAUGAAAUGAAAUCAUGAAGACUUAAUGUCAGUGUUAGCUGAUUAAAACGUCAUGUUAAAUCAAUAGGAUCUGUGCUGUAAACACCUCUUUGUGUCGUACUUUAGAUCCCAGUUCAAUGUGACAUCAAAAUAUUUUUGUCUUGUAGGUUGUCACCACUUUUGCCUACUCAGGUCUUAAAUUGAGACUUUUAUUUGUACUUUUGCUCUUGAAGUAAUAAAGAUUUUAUUUUUCUAAA